AUGCCUUCGCACCAACCCACCGCCGGUGACUUGGCCGUCAAGCCAGAGUACCUCUCCUCUCAGCCGUCGCCCAUGGCCAAAACCACCGAGCCCAACCGGAACCCGAAGUACGACCCCAAGAAAGUGCACAUCACCGAGACUCCCAUCACCAGGUCAAACUGGUACAAGCACGUCAACUGGCUCAAUGUCACUCUGAUCAUCCUCAUUCCUCUCUAUGGCUGCAUCGGAGCCUUCUGGGUUCCUCUACAUCUCAAGACUGCCCUUUGGGCCGUGGCUUACUACUUCGCCACUGGAUUGGGAAUCACCGCUGGCUAUCACAGACUAUGGGCACACACCUCGUACUCGGCUACUCUUCCUCUGCGAAUCUUCCUCGCUGCCGUUGGCGGUGGCGCUGUUGAGGGUUCGAUCAGAUGGUGGGCCCGCGACCACCGCGCCCACCACCGAUACACCGAUACCGACAAAGAUCCAUACUCUGUCCGGAAAGGACUCAUGUAUUCCCACAUUGGGUGGAUGGUCAUGAAGCAAAACCCAAAGAGGAUUGGCCGAACCGAUAUCUCGGACCUGAACGAAGAUCCAGUAGUCGUCUGGCAACACCGGAACUACCUCAAGGUAGUCGUCUUCAUGGGCCUCAUUCUGCCGACAAUCGUUGCCGGUGUGGCGUGGGGAGAUUGGUUGGGUGGUUUCGUCUACGCUGGAAUCCUCCGCAUCUUCUUCGUUCAGCAAGCCACUUUCUGUGUGAACUCUUUGGCUCACUGGCUCGGAGAGCAGCCAUUCGAUGACCGCAACUCCCCUCGGGACCAUGUUAUCACUGCUCUUGUUACUCUUGGUGAAGGUUACCACAACUUCCACCACGAGUUCCCGUCCGACUAUCGCAAUGCCAUUGAAUGGCACCAGUAUGACCCCACUAAAUGGUCGAUCUGGAUCUGGAAACAACUUGGUCUCGCCUACGAUCUCAAGCAGUUCCGCAGCAAUGAAAUCGAGAAAGGCCGUCUCCAACAGUUGCAGAAGAAAAUCGACCAGAAGCGGGCCAAGCUCGACUGGGGCGUGCCUUUGGACCAGCUGCCGGUCAUGGAAUGGGAAGACUAUGUCGACCAAGCCAAGAAUGGUCGUGGGCUGAUCGCCAUCGCCGGCAUUGUCCACGAUGUCACCGACUUCAUCAAGGACCAUCCAGGUGGCAAGGCAAUGAUCCAGUCUGGUAUUGGAAAGGAUGCUACUGCCAUGUUCAAUGGUGGCGUUUACGGGCACAGCAAUGCUGCCCACAAUUUGCUGUCGACGAUGAGGGUCGGUGUCAUUCGUGGCGGUUGCGAGGUUGAGAUCUGGAAACGUUCUCAGAUGGAAGCCAAGGGUGAGACUCGUGACCUCAACGGGGAACGGGUCGUUCGAGCAGGACUCCAACCCACCAAGGUGCUCCAAAACACACCCACAGCGGGUGCUGCUUGA